AUGCGCACUGGGACGCAGGACUGACAUCGCACAGCAGUGCUGCAACAUCCAGAGAGUCAUCCUGAGCCUGAGUCCAUCUGCGGGGUUCGGCGGUUCGGUUCGGCCCACAGCAGCGGGUCCUGAUUCAUCAGCAGCACAGGGGCAGUGCGGUCAGCGCCAUGUCUGUGGGGAACGACUUCGGGAACCCGUUACGGAAAUUUAAACUUGUUUUUUUAGGAGAACAGAGCGUCGGAAAAACCUCCCUGAUCACACGGUUCAUGUAUGACAGUUUCGACAACACUUACCAGGCGACUAUUGGAAUUGACUUCUUAUCAAAAACCAUGUACCUGGAAGAUCGAACAGUGAGGUUACAGCUGUGGGACACAGCGGGUCAGGAGCGCUUCAGGAGCCUCAUCCCCAGCUACAUACGGGACUCGACUGUGGCCGUGGUGGUGUACGACAUCACAAACGUGAAUUCCUUCCAGCUGACCUCCAAAUGGAUCGAUGAUGUCAGGACGGAGAGAGGAAGUGACGUCAUCAUCAUGCUGGUUGGCAACAAGACAGACUUGGAGGAGAAGAGACAAAUCUUAAUUGAGGAAGGAGAGCAGAGAGCUAAAGAGCUGAACGUGAUGUUCAUUGAGACAAGCGCGAAAAGUGGCAGCAACGUGAAACAGUUGUUUCGGCGAGUGGCUGCUGCUCUUCCCGGGAUGGAGAAUCUUGAUGAGACGAAUAAAGAGGGCAUGAUUGACAUUAAGCUGGAUAAAGCCCAGGAGCCUCCGGCCAAUGAGAGCAGAUGCUCGUGUUAGUACAACGCCCACUCAUGGACACCUCCACUCACAUACCUGACACCUGCUCGUUCUGUUGCUUUCUGUGGCUCAGCGUCCCAACUGGACACAGGCUUCCUACAUCUGACUGAACUGAAAGUGAUUAAAGCUCUCAAAAAAAAACCCUCACAUCCAUCCUGUCAAUCCAACACCAACACGAUGUAAAUAAUUAAAACAAAGACGAGCUGUUAGGGCGACAAAAGACAACAACGACGUGACGCAAUUAUCACGGUUUGAGAAACAUUAAGUUCUGUUAUGUUUUGUAGUUUUCUACAUCAGAGGGAUUUGGAACAGGAAGUAGCAGAAGUGCGUAGGGUCAUUUCUUUAUUCUUACAGUGCAUGUAGGCUGAGUUCUGGAGUCAAUCGCAUCCCCUGCAUCUCAUCAAAAGACCUCAAACGGCCGCGCUAAUCUUACCGACGCAACGAUAAAUCACCUUGCACCAAUUUAAUUAUUUAUUUCAGCCAGUAAAGGAAUAAUCUUUCGCAUGUCUUGUCUGCUUUCGUAAAUCAAAAUACAAUAGCGCUGUUUGAAAAGACCCGUUAGUGUUCGUGUUAGCCAAGUGUCCAUGCUGAGGUCUGCCACGCUGUACUGUAUUGUAAAUAGUAUUUCUAUUAUCAUGAACACCCAUCAUUCGACGUGAUGUGCGUGUAAAAUUCCUUUCCGAUCUAAUAAGGGCUUCACUCCGUUUCAUUCUUGCCCACACCGCUAACGUUCUUCAUGAUGUUUUCUUCUAUUUUAGCUCCAUGUCAGCUCCAAUACUGAAAACAUAGACAUCUAAAAGGACAUUUAAAAUUCUCAAAAGUGUUCUCUAUCACGCCCAAGAAUAAAUCAGUCAGUGAUUAAGGUGAAGAGUGUAAUUAUAAUCUCUACAAUAAUCCACUGCAAUAAAAUGGUGAUGAUAGACAAGGAGACUCGUAGCUACAUUUCUGUUUAUUUAUUUUAACUAAACGGUGUGUCAGAAUUUGAUUUGGAAACAGUCGGGGUAAAAGAGGGAGUUGUUAAAUAUUUGCGCCAUUUCUAUCUAGUGGAAUAAAGUGUUGAUUAUAGCCUCCAAGAUUUGAUUUUAAGUAAUAUAUUUUUCCAACUGUGAUGUUAUCAUGAGUCAGGCUUUCACAGGGCGCCUCCUUGUGGUAUGCAACUUGAGAGGUAUGAUCGGGGUGGUUAGGUGUAACCUAACAUGCAUGUUUAGUCCAAGUUCUGGCAAAAGAAGGCUAGCUAAGGUCGCUAGGUAGCUAUCAACAUGCCGCUUGUUUUUAAUCCUACUCAUAUAAUGAGGAUGCAUUGAUUAGUGACUCUCAUUAAAUAUUUUAUUUGUCCAUUUAGUAAAAACGUUCACUUUUUAUGUUUGAUUAAAUUAGCCAUCUAGCUAAUUACUUCAUGAAACUUUCAAGAGUUUGCUAUGUUAGUUAGCAUUGUAACACAUCAUUGAUUGAGAAGCUGAAAGUUGCUCAAACUGACUGAACAAAAUUAACUCAAACGCUGAUGAUGUCUGGUUUUAUGACUUACGCAUGAGGAGAAGUAGAUUUUUUUUAAAGCUAGUUUAGCUAAACAGUUCAGUCGAAUCAGUUUCUACAGAAAUUAAGACAAGCUUUUGGGAAGACAGUCACUGAAUAUGUCUCAUGUUGUUCUGUUUAGCUAGCAAUAAUGAAUGUCCUGUGGUAACUGUAGCUAGUGAGCUAGUUACGCAUUGUGAACUUGAAGCUGCUAGUACUUAAGCUAAAGGCUAAUACGUACACACACACAAACAAGACCCAAAAUUCAUUGCAACAGCAUAGUGAUGGUGGACGAGGCGAGUUUUCGCUAGUUUUAUUUUAGCGAAACAGCGUAUUUAUAUAAUUCUGGGAAAGUAAAACAGGUAAGGAAUAGAAACAACUUAAAUAUACAAUACAAACAAUACCUAAUAGGAACUUUGAUUGGGAGCUAGCAUUAAAGUUAGCAUUUUAUUGAAACAUUCAUCAGGAGUGAAGAGAGAAACAAGUUAGCAUGCUAAUUAAACCAUUCGUCAGGAGAUGAGGUCAUUUUCGCAAGCAGAAACAUCAAUGUCAGUUAGCUGAGUACAAAAGAUGAAAAAUUGCAAAAACCAAUGAUGAGUCUGAUGUUUUUAUGUGUAUUGUUUUAUUGAAAAAUAUCCCUAGUCUUUAAAAAAAAAAAAGAGUUUGAGACAAACAUGGCUAACUGUACAGUCUCCGACAGCAACAUUUACCUCAGGUUAGCAUGAGCUACGGUGUGCCUGGGAAAGAUGAUUUAAAGCUUUUUGAACUAUGUUUUCUUUCAUUUACGUUCAUUCACACAAUGAAUGAUUGUUUUUAUGUUGCAGUUUGUUUCAGUGUCAUAAGGUUAAGAUGAAUGUUAUGGUUCUUAUGAUCAUGGAGAAUGUACAGAAACGUCGUGGCUCGCAUCCACGCUGUAAUAUUCAGGUCGUUGCACCGAUAUGUUAAAGGAAUGUGAAAUGUUUACUUACUACAGUGGUAAUAGUAUCUUUAAUAUUUUAUCAUAAUGUUAUGUGUCCUAUGUUUACCUGACACUUAUGCACUGGCAUUAUAUAUAUAAAAAUCUAUAAUAUAUACACUCACCGGCCACUUUAAUAGGAACUCGUUCUUGAUUCUAAGAUCCCUGUUCUUGGCUGCAGGAGUGGAACCCGAUGUGUUCUUCUGCUGUUGCUGAGAUGCUUUUCUGCUCACCACGGUUGUAAAGAGUGAUUAUAUGCGUUACUAUAUCCUUCCUGGCAAAAAAAAAAAGCUCAAACCAAUCUGUCCAUUUCCCUCUGACCCUCUCUUAUCAACAAGGCGUUUGUUUCCACCCACAGAACUGUCACUCACUCACUCAGUGUUUUUUGUUUUUCGCACCAUUCUGUGUAAACUCUAGAGACUGUUGUGUGUGAAAACCCCAGGAGAUCAGCAGGUUCUGGAAUACUCAAACCAACACCCAUGCCACAGUGAAAGAAAGUCACACUUUGAGAUCACAAUUUUUCCCGUUCUGAUGUGUGAACAUUGUGAACAUUAACUGAAGCUCUUGAUUUGUAUCUGCAUGAUUUUAUGCAUCGUGCUGCUGUCAAGGGAUCGGCUGAUUACAGAAUGGCAUAAAAUAGCAGGUGGACGGGUGGGUGUUCCUAAUAAAGUGGCCGGCAAGUGUGUGUGUAGUCAGUCUACUAAUAGAUAAGAUAUUAGUGUUUUCAAAAUGGCUGCUGUAAUGAUGGUCAUCAGGAAUUAUUAGGAAAUCUCUAAUAUUUUAUCUAUGAAUGCAGCAGACAUUUAAGGAAAGCCGCUGAAAGCCACUGAAGUAGAAUGUAAAUUAACUUCUUACAUAAUGUUUCGUCUCUCACCUGUUCAUUUUUCAAUAUUUAACCUGAAGCGUGCGCUUUUCCUUUAUCACCUUCCACUUUUCUGUGACACUAGUGUGCCUUCUGUUAAUCUAACACCAAAAUUCAAAUGUACGAUGAUCUAAAUACGAUGCGUUCAAAUGGAAGCUGUGAAAACGAUCCUGCUUAGUGUGAGUUAGCUAACAACCGAGAGUCGCAAUUGUGCGUUCCACCACAUAGUCGUUACAUCAUUUAUAAAGAUGAUGUAAAUACGGAAAUCACACCAAACUAUCCGGAAAAGUAACAUUUCUGUCAGAUGUGUUGUUAAAUUCCUAAGAAAAUAUUUUGUCGGAAUGAAAUUAGGCAGUAUUUAGACUUAGCAUUGCCUGCUAAACCAAAUUCAAUGUGUUAUGAAUACCACAAGAGGGAGCCAUUCAUAAACACGGUGGGUGAAGACACGACUCCAUCUGAACGCAGUGUAAGACACACGAUGAGCGAUUGUCAUUUCUGAAGCCACAUUGAUGUAUUUGUGACGUGAACGUGUAUUUUCAUGACGCACCGACAAGGUGAAGAGGCAUUUCAGAUUAGAAGGUUUUUUUUAUGUCCAGUCAGUGCAGGGCCGUUCUUGGACCUGUCGGCGUGGGGUCAAGCUGAACACUACAGUUCAUUCUGUAAAGCCAUUUAUGAGCAUGACGUCUGUCUGAAAAGAUCAAUAAACUCUGUGUUAAAACCACACACUGA